GGCGUCAGUCAGCAGCCAGCUCCGGCGGCGGUGGUUGGUACGGCACGGGCCGAGACCGGGCUGAGGCGGACAGCACGAGUGGACCGACAGCAGACGGUGACUGAUACAGGCACAGAGAGACUGAGCAGGCCGGCCGGUCGGCGAGCCGCGCGCACCAGAGGACGGACGAAGGACCUCCCGAGACCGAGGGGAGCGGCGGGAGGACGGUCUUCUGGUCUGUCUCGCUGAGGACGGACACCAUGGGGACGCAGCUGCUGGGGACGGCCGUCCUGCUGCUGACGGCGCUCUCAGCGGCCGGCGCGCUGCAGACGUUCGAACAGCAGCCGCAGUACACGGAAGUGAACCCGGGCCAGACCACCGUGCUGCACUGCAAGGUCUACAACAAGGCCGGACAGUGCUCCUGGCAAAAGGACGGCUACCCAAUCGGGCCGGAGCAGGACAAGUACGAGUGGGCCGAGUCGCCCGACCAGGGCGACUGUUCGAUACGGAUCAUCGGCGCCGACCUCAAGUACGACGACGGCCUGUGGAUCUGCCAGGUGACCAGCAGCAGCUUCCAGACGCAGGACGCGCUCAAAUCGGCGCCCGCCCACCUGGUCGUCAGAGUGGAGCCGCAGGUGCCCCAGAUGGAGCACCGGGCGGCCACCAUCGGUCCCGGACAGAACCUGACGGUGCGCGCCGGCGAGGAGGUGGACGUCCAGUGCCGCGCGCGCUACGGCAACCCGCCCGCCAUCAUCAAAUGGUUCAUCGGUGAUAAGGACCUGACGCACCUGUCGACCCAGCGCAACCAGACGGAGCUGGACAAUCCGAAGACGUCGGCGGCGCUGUCUGUGUUGCGGCACUCGUUCGGCCGAGCGGCGGCCGGCGACUUCUUGCGCUGUGUGGCCGUCCACCAGGCCUACGACACAAAGUCGCGCGACACCAUCGCCAAGCUGGACGUCCAGUAUUCUCCGGAGGUGCGUCUGGCCGGCCGGCCCGACCGCGACCUCGAGGAGAACGUCGACUCUGUGGUGUUGCGCUGUGUGGCCGACGCCAACCCGCCGGCCAACGUGUUCUGGCGCUUCGUGUCGCGAGACACGGGCCGCACCGAGACCUUCUACGUGGACACACUGGAGCUGCGGCCGGUCACCCGGAAAAACUCGGGCACCUACCAGUGCGAGGCGGGCAACACGGUGGGCAAGAGCGAGCCGCUCACCACCGCGCUCGACAUCAAAUUCGCUCCGUCCAUCUACCGCGUGCAGCCGGAGCGUCGUGUCACCGUGGACCUGUACAACACCACCGAACUGGCGUGUGACGCCGAGGGCAGCCCGCCGCCCAGCUACCAGUGGCUGCAGCGGCUGCCCGACGGACAGGGCACCGUCUUCAUACGCGGCACGUCACAGGUGCUGCGGAUCCACAACAUCACGUACGCCAACCAGGGCCAGUACGUGUGCGUCGCCAAAAACGUCAUCAACGGCAACGAACGGCGCGUCCAGGGCGACGCCGUCGACGUCGAGGUCGUGGGGCCCCCUCAGGUGCUGCGGCGUCAGGCGACCCCCGAGGUGCUGGCGGAGGAGGGCCGGGAGGCGGUGCUGGAGGUCACAUUCUGCAGUGACCCGCUGCCCACACUCAGUGUGUGGCACUGGGGCAGCCUGCAGCUGCAGACCGGCCACAGCCAGGGCCGCUUCGUCGCCGAACAGGUCACCCAGGACUCCAGCGAGGACUGUUACGUGGCCCGGCUGAGGCUGCAGGGAGUGGAAGCAGCCGAUGAGCGAGACUACCUGCUGAAGGUGCAGAAUGACCGCGGAUCCGACCAGUACGGCGUCUCGCUCCGGGUCAAAGAGCCGGUAACCAUGGCAACGCUCAUCAGCCUCGUGUGCGGCUGCCUGGUGGCGCUCGUCCUCGUCGUCGCCCUGCUCUUGUACGCCUUUAAAAAGGAGAAGUGGUGCUUCUCGCAGAAGGGUGGAUUUAAGCCGACGGAUUUAGAAAGUGAAAAGAGCGAGGUAGAGAGCCGCACUGGGGAGAGUGGCGCGCGCCAGGGUCUGGGCGCCAUCCCUCCGGACGCCCUCUACUCGGGCCCCAAAAAGUCGGCAGCCGGAGCGCUCCACACAAACGGCCACGGUAGUAACGGCCGCGCCGCCAGCGGCGACCCGCACAAGUACCGUGGUGAAGACGGAGACUGCGGGCAAAGCGAUAGUUCGCGAGGAGGCAUCAUCUACGCCGACCUCCAGCUGCCAAAAACCUCCAACAACGGCUCCAUGAGGAAGCACCGACACGAGCGACACCUACCGUACCAGGACCAGAGACACCUACCGGGCUCCAGCAGAAGCGAGCCCACCCGAACCGAGUACGCCGAGAUCAAGUUCGUGCCGAAAAUCGACGAGCGCGCGGAUAUAUAGACUUGGCUCCAUAUCGCAGGGAGCUGUUCCGGCUCGGACACAGUAUGCGGCGGUGUGUGGGCGCCGGGCGGUGCGCAGCGGCGGCAGUGGUGCUGUACAGUACAGUAACGCGCCGGUCGGUCCCGGCACCACCGUCCCAGCGGAGGUUACGGGGACGCCGUCCACCUCUGUCCCGUCCCACGCGGGACCUCCGGAGUCGGCGUGUGUUACGCGCCGUGGCUGCGAGCCCGGCACCGGUGACAAUCAGAGUGGGAGCGCUGACCGGCGCGCCAGUGACGAGGCGCUGCCGCCAGCGCUCAGCUCCCACAGCGGAGACAAAGUGCAGACUGAACAUUGUACAAAGCAAUAAUGUGGCGUGAGCUUAGAGCGGGCGGCGCGGCGUUCCGGCUCGGCAGUCAGGCCACCAGGAGGUCGGAGGUGUACGCCCCGCGGCGCCGCGCGGUGAGCGAGGCAGUGAUCUCUCUCUGACGCCCGUCCCGCGCCGCCCCAGACCCUGCGAGCAGUGCGGUGCGCUCGCGGACAAACCCCCUCACCUCCUCCCGGGGUCGUGAAGGACGCUUCACCCCAGACACCAGGACGGCGGAUCUGACGCCCGAGCCGCGCGGUGACGCUGCGAUGCCAGUGUGAACUGUCCUUUACCGAUACAGAGCGGUGGCCGCUACUUCAGUGCCAGGGAUAGACUGGGCCGGGACCGAUGCUGCGAGAUUAACUGGGAGCGUACCAUGUAGUUACCAUCUUUGUAACUUGUUUUCCGUUAUCUGUCAGCGUAAGUCAGCUAACUGAAUACCGGUGACAAAUGUGCACGCCAGUCGUCGGCAGAGAAGCUCAAUUGAUUAACGUUCGCUGACGACGUCCGAUGUUUAUUAUUUGGUCGCUUAAGUCUGUCUCUGGCGCAGGGCGCAGAGAGCCCCGCUGGCGCCGAUUUCGGACAGAGGCGCUCACUACUGGUGAGGUCACUAUUGGUUGCCCUGUGUGAGAUCUGAGGAGGGCGAGCGUUGUAUGGUAAGUGCCACAGGGAGAGAGUUUAUGAAUGUAUGUCGGAAGGCGAGCGUCUGAGGGAGUGGGAUUGGGGGAGGAUGUCAGAGAGUGUCCGACUCAGUGGUUCGUACAACACGUGUCGUAAAGCGAGUGGUGAGUGUCUGAGAGCCUGUGAGUCCCCGAGGGAGCGUCUCGAGUCGGCAGCACUAUACCACGCCCGGGGGUUCGCGCGCUGUCGCCGCCUUGCCGAGGCUCCGGGUCCGUGUGAGCUAUCUCAGUGCUGCUGUGCUGAUGUGCCGCGCGGCCAGUAGAGCGUCGUCCCCGUCCCGUUCGCCGCCCGACGCACCAAUCUAGUCCUGUACGUAUACCGUUUGCUGGCUUGCGCCGUCUGAUUUGUACUCUCAGUGUCUGAUAUACUGUCGGCCGCUGUGGCUGAAUAUACCCGGCCAGUGCCGACAGCUGCCGCCGACCUGUGCAAA